AUAAUUCUCAAUUAGGGUCUUUAGUUUUUCUUUUCAGAGUCCAUUGCACUAUGGAGAACCAUCACUCAUCUCCUACAAACAAUGCUAAUAUCUCUGAAGAGGACUUAAAUAAUAUUACUAAUGCUAAUCAUAUAAAUGAGCUCCCAGUUAUUGCAGUGCUUAGCAACUAUGAUAGUAAUGGUAAACAAAUUCAGUCUGCUGAAGAAAUUGAAUCUACUAUUAAUAGUUUCCCUCCUGGGUUUCGAUUUUACCCUACUGAUGCUGAGCUUGUUACUCAUUAUUUGAAGAGGAAGUUGGCUAAUUUGCCUUUGCAUCUUAACAAGAUGUAUGAGCUCAACAUUUAUAAGUACAACCCUGAGAUCAUUGCUGCACAAGUUAUGCCGACGACUAGAGAGAAAGUGUGGUACAUAUUUACACCAAGAGAUCGUAAGUACAAAAAUGGAUAUAGACCAAACAGAUCUGCUGGAAAUGGGUAUUGGAAAGCAACUGGAGCUGAUAAAGAGGUGUUGGAUCGUAAGAAGAAUAUAAUUGGAAUGAAAAAAACUUUAGUUUUCUACAUUGGAAAAGCUCCAAAAGGAGAGAAAACUGAUUGGAUUAUGCAUGAGUUUAGAGUCCCCAAUGUUCCAAAUAUUGCUGAAAGAGGUGCCAAUGACAUGACGUUGGAUGACUGGGUUUUGUGCAAGAUUUACAAGAGGACAGAGAUAGAUAACAGUAUGUUCACCCAAAGAAAGAGAAAUAGGGAAGAUUACGAUGAUAUUGUCGAAGCACUACACACUUCUGAUGGCCAAGCUCACGAUUCCUCUGCUGAAAAUUCACUUUCUUCCGCAAGUCAAGACUCUACUAGACACGACUUCAACUACUUCGACAUGUCAUAUAACAAUCCCAUGCCAACAUUUUGUAACAUGCCAUGGUCUACAACUAGUGCAUAUGACUACCAAGCUUGUGCACCUCAAUUCAACAGUGGUGAUGCCCCGAUGAUGAUCCAACCUAUCUCUUCCGCGAUGGCUACCAACACCUCAAUCGGACAUGAUCACACCACGAAAACUGAAGGAUUCGGCAUGCCUUGCUUCGGUGCUUGUUUUGUUGGAGGCUAUACUGGACAACAAUGUUAUGGUGAGUGUGUUGAUCAUGGAAAGUUUGUCAGCAGUAACAACACUGACCAAUACAAUCCAAAUGAUUGUGUUGAUCAAUAUCUUGUGAAUAAUUAUGAAAUGAUUGACUAUAAUACUAUGUGUUUACCAGAAUAUACCACCAACAAUUUUGUGGGUGAAGGCAGUAAAUCAAAAGAAAACUGCUAACAUAUGUGGUAUUUUUAUUCUAAAUUAAGUACGUUAACUUGGUGGAUUUUUUUAUUUUUUUUUGAAAUUGUGGUUUAAUUUAUGUGUAGAUAUUUGUGUUGUUUCUUGAUUGGAUUUCCUGUGAGAAAUCCUAGUUUUGCAUUUGUUAUCUAUAUAUUACAUAAUUUGUUGAAUCUCUAUAGCUUAUUCGGUUAUUUUCCAGUUUUACGAUAGUAAUAAAAAGUAGAAUAAAUAUCAAUAAUUGUUAAUAGGGUGU